CGAGUAGUUGCUUGCUAGCUAGCCUGGUAUUCGGUCACACAGAGAUAGUGGGCAACUAUAAUAAACCUCAUAAUUUCAAAGCCAAACGGAAAAACAAUAAAUUAUACAUAAGACUUUUUUAAUCUUUAAAUUAGUUUUUCCACGUUACAAUAAUUUCACUUUUGUUAAUUCAAGGUCGCUAUUCUACCUCCGCUCUCUCUUUCUCUCUCUCCGCUUCUUCGCAGCUUAGAUUCAUUGCCAUCUCAGAGCCGGCUGAGCAGCAUCUCUCUCUAGAUUGGCACUGUGUGAGAGAAGGUUAAUUGCGACGUGUGUGUUUCUGUGUUACUGAAGCUGUUCUCCCAAUUCAAGCUGCCUGUAAAUUAAGUUAAUCAUUACUUGUUCGGCACUUCGAGGUUCAAUGUCAUUCCGAAGUAUAGCACGUGAUAUAAGAGAUAGUUUUGGAAGUUUAUCACGUCGGAGUUUUGAUGUGAGGCUUUCUGGUCAUCAUAGAGGUAAAUCACAUGGUUCCUUGCACGACUUGGAUGACCAGCCUGUGGUAGUUCAGAAUUGUCGCUGGGCCAAUCUUCCUCCGGAGCUGCUGUACGAUGUAAUUAGAAGGUUGGAGGAGAGCGAGAGUACCUGGCCGGCCCGAAAACAUGUGGUUGCAUGCGCCGCUGUUUGCCGAUCAUGGAGGAGCAUGUGCAAGGAAAUUGUUAAAAUUCCUGAGCUGUCUGGGAAGCUCACAUUCCCAGUUUCACUAAAGCAGCCAGGGUCUCGCGAUGGAACCAUCCAAUGCUUUAUCAAGAGGGACAAAUCUAAUUUAACUUACCAUCUGUUUUUGUGUCUUAGCCCGGCUUUGCUAGUUGAGAAUGGGAAGUUCCUUCUCUCUGCAAAACGAACUCGUAGGACUACUUGCACUGAGUAUGUUAUCUCAAUGGACGCAGACAACAUCUCGAGAUCAAGUAGCACAUAUAUUGGAAAACUCAGAUCAAAUUUUCUUGGCACCAAGUUCAUAAUAUUCGACACCCAACCUCCACAUAAUUGUUCGCACAUCACACCACCGGGGAGAACUAGCCGCAGGUUCUACUCCAAGAAAGUUUCUCCGAAGGUACCAACUGGGAGCUACAGCAUAUCCCAGAUUUCAUAUGAACUAAACGUGCUCGGGACACGGGGUCCACGGAGGAUGAACUGCACUAUGCACUCCAUACCUGCCUCAUCCAUGGAACCAGGUGGGGUGGUGCCCGGGCAGCCAGAACUUCUCUCGAGGCCCCUUGAGGACUCAUUCCGCAGCAUCUCUUUCUCCAAGGCUCUUGACAUUUCAACUGAAUUCAGUAGCUCAAGAUUUUCUGACAUUGCUGGGAUAUCAAAUUCAGAAGACGACAGCAAACCGAGGCCCUUGGUUCUCAAGAACAAGUCUCCCAGGUGGCACGAGCAGCUGCAAUGCUGGUGCCUCAAUUUCCGGGGUCGAGUGACUGUUGCAUCCGUGAAGAACUUUCAGUUGAUUGUGGCCACACAACCGUCACCUAGCGCCCCAGCUAGUUCUCAGCCAGCGCAGUCCGACCACGAUAAGAUCAUUCUCCAGUUCGGCAAGGUUGGGAAAGAUAUAUUCACCAUGGACUAUAGGUAUCCCCUUUCUGCCUUUCAGGCAUUUGCUAUUUGCUUGAGCAGCUUUGAUACCAAAUUGGCUUGUGAAUAGAGACAAGAUACCCAUGAUUUGCUGUUAUUCAUGCAUUUAGUUCAACAUUUGUAUAUUUUCUGUUUUCAUUGAAAAGGAUGUUGUAUUUCUCC